CGGACAGACUGACGCUCUGCCUCAACGACGGAGGCGCGCGGCGGGGAUGGCGCUGGCGCGGGCCUGGAAACAAAUGUCCUGGUUCUACUACCAGUAUCUGCUGGUCACGGCGCUCUACAUGCUGGAGCCCUGGGAGCGGACUGUGUUCAAUUCCAUGCUGGUUUCCGUUGUGGGGAUGGCCCUGUACACAGGCUAUGUCUUCAUGCCUCAGCACAUCAUGGCGAUACUGCACUACUUCGAGAUUGUGCAGUGACCAAGAUGUGACCAGAACUGAGCGGCUCCUUGGGGAAGAACCACCCUCUGCAGUUGGAAUGAAACCUCAUCAGCUGUCAUAAGAAACUCUACUAGAUGUCAACAUAACCAACCCUAUGAAUAUAAAGACUAAAAUUCAUGAGUAGAACAGGAACAUAAUCCUGACUCAUGUGUUGUGUUCUUUAUUUUUAAUUUUAAAAGAGGCUCUUGUAUAGUAGUUUUUGUCUAUUUUAACAUUGUAGUCAUUUGUACUUUGAUAUCAGUAUUUUCUUAACCUUUGUGACUGUUUCAAUAUUACCCUGUGAAAGCUUUUCUUAAUGUAACUUUGAGUACAUUUUAAUUGCCUUCUAUUUCUAAAACCCAAAGUCAUUAGUUGGGCUAGUUCUUGCUAUUGUAUGGCACAUACAUCUGCCUGGAUCUAUUUCUACUCUUGACCAAAGUUUUGUAAGAAACAAUACAAGAUUUGGGGCAGGGGGAUGGGGAGGGAGGAUAUUUUAUUGAGAACUAUUUACAAAAGACUUACCUGUAAGUUUGAACUCAGGAGUACAGUUUUAGCUCUCUAGGCUCUACUCUUAACAGCUUUUGCUUUAAAACUUUAAGUAUUUCUUAACAAUGAAAAAGAAAGAUCUUGCUAAAGUUCAAAUGAGGAACAUUUCACCUUUUAAAUAUUUAAUUCUUAUGUGGACUCAUUUCCAGAAAACUUUGGUGAUGGUUCUCAUGACAAAAGGUGGUUAAAUAGCAUUAUUAUGUAAUGCUUAUAUACCAUAGAGUUUUUAGUAGAAAGUAAAUCAAUUUCCUCUGAGGGUUAUUAGUAACAAUGUACUUCCUUAAAUUUAGUUUUCAUGAUUGUAAUGGGUGCUGCACAUGCAUUUGCACAUUGCAAUAAGAUGAGAUGAAUUGUUAAAAACUAUAGCAAAAAGAAACGUAAACUUGGUUAAAAUCCUUUCACUCUUUGUAUUUUUUUUUAAAGAUUUUUAUUCCUUAAAUGUAAAAUGACUACCUAAUUUUUUGAUGUAAACUCAUUAAAUUCAAAGAAAAA